AUUCUCUCCUCCCCCGGUACCUUAGCCUUCCCCUCCACGCCACACCCUCUACACGUUCCAGUUUACACACCCCCACCCCUCUCCUUCUCACUCACUCACACCCCCAGCCAGAAAACUUGGAGACCUUGUCCCAGUCCAGUCCAAUCCAUUUCAUUCCCAGCUUUCCCAUCUUCCUUACGUCGCGUUGCGCCGGGACAUCUGCGACUGACCUGCCUUCUGCACCUGCCGCCGCUCUUGCUAGUCGCUACCUCACUAAGGUGUAGGUCCAUGAUACUCUCUCUGCGCAUGCACCAGCCCAUCCCAGCCCAGCUCUAG